CCAUCACUACUUGGUAUGAUUCAGCCUAUAGGCUCGGCCCUAUAUGAAACGUAUGAAAUCGAACAACGAAAAGCCGGCGCGCGCACUGGCAGGCACAAUUCUUAAGUGCUUCUUUUUCGUCCCCCUCAUUCUCAUGAAUUCUGAGUCUGUCCCAUGGCGAGGCUUAAGUAUUUUCCUCUAUCACCGGUCGUCCUUACGACGUUAGCAUGGCCCCCGAGUCUUACUCCACGGACACUAUCGCUCGCGACCCGGGACAACAAGCAUUCUUUGUUUCUCCGUCGCCACCAAGGGCACUUAGCUCGCACUCUAAAAUGGUUGUACGGCACUCGCAUGCUAUAUAACAUUCCUCAUGGUCAUGGAAUACUGUCUAUUGGUUUAUCAAUGUGUGUCAGCUUCGGGACCGAGUUUUGUAGUUCAAACAACCAAUGGUCACUGGUUUUAUUCAGGCUCUACGUCAUACACCUUAGACAUAGACCCGUGGAGGUCCCACCUCGGUGCGAAUUUCUACAGAUCCCGACGAACGACUAGCGGAUGCGGUACGCCUGGUAAAAUGUGCGGCACCCUUUAUCAUUUAAUCCCGA